GCCGGAAGGGGGCGGGCUUAAGAUGGCGGCGCCCGCCGGGGUCCGAAAGAGCCGCUCAUGUCGGCGAACGGAGCGGUGUGGGGGCGCGUGCGGAGCCGCCUCCGCGCCUUCCCCGAGCGCCUGGCGGCCUGCGGGGCCGAGGCCGCGGCGUACGGCAGGUGUGUGCAGGCCUCCACGGCCCCCGGCGGCCGCCUGAGCAAGGACGUCUGCGCGCGGGAGUUCGAAGCCCUGCGGAGCUGUUUCGCCGCCGCGGCCAAGAGAAGCCUCAGAGGAAGUUCCUAGGAAAGACCCUGCUCUGGCCUUACCUCCACUGCCAUGAUGGCCCACGACAAACAUUUGGGGGCUGAAAGGGAUGGGAGCAGAGAAGUUCUGCUGUCAGAGUGUGUUUGUUAACAGGCUGAACCUUGGGUAGGCAGGAAUUUAUUUAUUAUAUGUAGGGAUCUGGGUUAGAUUAAGAUGACAAAGUAGGUGACAAAAAUAUUAAAUCCUGCAGCCUCA